AUGGCACCAAAAUCAAAGAAAAGUGAUGCAUCUCUUGGUCGUGUAUUGAUUAAAUCAAGAAAUAAGAAACUUGGUAGAAAUAUUAAUCAAGAAACUGUUGCUAUGUAUACAACUGAUAUAGAUCCAAAAGAUGAAAGAAAGAAAUUAUAUUCAAAUACAGAUCAGAACAAUCAGUUGGCGAACUUCUUGGAGGUUUCAGAGAUGGAACAAAAGAUUUUCGAAGCAGAGAAACAGAAUGUAGUUGUGUUGAUGAAGACAACCUCAACUGUACUCUCAAAGGAAGAAAGAGAAGCAAAGACACAGGAGCACAAGAAACUACAGGAAAAGAACAAUCAAUUUUGGAAUUCAUUGACCGUACCAAGAAGACCGUACUGGGAUGAAAACACAACCACCGAACAACUCCUUGAAAAUGAGAAAACAUCAUUCUACAAUUGGAGAAGAUCAUUAGCAAAGUUGGAAGAAGAUGAAGGUUUAAUUAUAACUCCAUUCGAAAAGAAUCCGGAAGUCUGGAAACAACUUUGGAGAGUUACAGAAAAGAGUGAUAUUUUGGUGCAGAUUGUCGAUGCUCGUAAUCCAUUGUUGUUCCGUUCACCGGAUCUCGAGAGAUACGCAAAGGAGCUGAAUGUAAAGAAGACCAACUUGUUGAUUGUGAACAAGGCCGAUCUUCUCACAAAGGCACAGCGUAGAAAGUGGGCACAAUACUUUGCCUCGGAGAAUAUAAACUAUCGAUUCUUCUCUGCGCACAAAGAGCAGCUAAAGAUUGAAAAGAUGAAGCAGAUCUACCGUUUGAUCGAUGAGGGUGCCGACAUCGAUAUCGAAGAGACACGUCGCGCCAUCGAGGGAAACAACGCCGCCGAAGACAAGGAAAUCAAGAUCUACACUCGCGAAGAGAUUCUCGAGGAAUUCAAGAAACUGUGUCCCGCGCCACUCCAAGAGAAUCGUUUCGACGGUCGUAUCGUUGUCGGUCUCUCUGGUUAUCCCAACGUCGGUAAGUCCAGUACGAUCAACGUGCUCUACGGUGAGAAGAAAGUCGCCGUCGCGCCAACACCCGGUAAAACAAAAUACGUACAGACCAUCAUUGUCGACGACGACGUCGUUCUGCUCGAUUGUCCGGGUCUAGUUUUCCCAACACUUUUGUCGUCCAAGGCAGAGAUGGUCAUCAACGGUCUGCUGCCAAUCGACCAGUUGCGUGACUUUGUGUCGCCGGUCGACGCCAUCUGUGAGAAGGUCGCCCGUUCCUACAUCGAGGAGGUCUACUCCAUCGGUAUCCCCAAGCCAAAGGAGCACGAGCCACAAGACCGUCCCCCCACAGGUGCCGAGGUGCUGUCGGUCUACGCGUACAUGCGUGGUUUCAUGACUGUGCACGGUGCUCCCGACCAGUCGCGUGCCGCCCGUAUCAUAUUGAAGGACUUUGUCGCCGGAAAGCUGCUCUACUGUCAUCCACCUCCAGGAUACGACGCCGAGAAAUUCCAGAGAAAACAAAAGUCCGCCGUUGAAGCGGCAGCAGCAGCUUUGAGCGCCGCCAACGGAACCGCACCGGUAAUCAAAGAGAAGAAAAAGAUGACCUACGACGUCAGUGUAGAGAGUGAAAGUAACUACGAUGUACAACAGAAUGUCAUUGCCAAAACAAAGUCUCAGAAGAACAAGAAAAAGAAACAGGUCACCGGUGAAGAUGUUAGAUUUACAAGACCGGUCUACGUACACAAUGAAGAAUCGAUUUCCACCAGACUACAAAAGUUACACCUGAAAGAACAAGCUCUUAAAGAUAUGGCAUUAAAAUUAAAACAACAAAAACAAGAAUCAUCAUCAUCAUCAUCAUCAUCACAAUCAGAAACUUCAACUACCACAACAACCACCACAACUACCACAUCAACGUCAUCAUAA